GGGUUCCAGGGCUCGACGAGGCGCACAGCUGCAUUGAGGCGUGUUUUGAUUUGUUACAGUAUACAUCGAGCAUCAGCUUCGCGCCUCCUCUGAGACCCGGCUUUUUCCAAGUUAGCGUCGCUUCGUCUAUAUAGGCGCUAGAGAGGAAUGAACCCGGAUCAGGCAGCGCAGGCGGCGCAGCUGCCGCGGAGAAUUAUCAAGGAGACUCAGAAACUUCUCAGCGAGCCUGCGCCCGGCAUUAGCGCUUCUCCCUCGGAGGAGAACCUGCGCUACUUCAAUGUGAUGAUUCUGGGGCCUCAGCAGUCCCCCUAUGAGGGUGGCGUGUUUAAGCUGGAGCUUUUCCUGCCGGAGGACUACCCAAUGGCGCCCCCUAAGGUUCGCUUCCUGACCAAGAUUUACCAUCCCAACAUCGACAAGCUGGGCCGCAUUUGCCUGGACAUUUUGAAAGACAAGUGGUCGCCGGCGCUCCAGAUUCGCACCGUGCUACUGAGCAUCCAAGCGUUGCUCUCGGCCCCCAACCCGGAUGACCCGCUGGCCGAGCACGUGGCGAAGCACUGGAAGGAGAACGAGAAGGAGGCCAUUGCGACAGCGCGCCAAUGGACUGCCAUGCACGCUCAGGGCUAAAUGCUUUAGCGCUCACAAGGGCUUGGUGCGGCUCACCGCAGCCGGUCAUCUGGUCCGCGGGGUGGCGGCAGCAGCCGGCGGUGUUCACAUUUGGUGUCAGGGCUUUCCUUGUGGUUGCGCAGCGGCGCAUUCCAUAGACGUUAGGGUUUAGAACAACUAGGCGUGCAUUUGCAAGGGUGCUUGUGCCGUUACGGCUGCGUGCAUCGCGCAGGGACGCUCCGCGCAUGUAUGCGCUAUGCAGGUGUCUUGGUGUGAGGGUUGCACCAGAUGUUCAGGCAACGGUAGAGAGCAGGAUGCACUUUAGUCAGGAGGGUUAGGGCUCAGGGGUGCAAGGAUGUUACGUGCAUUGGACCAGUCUACUAUGAGUUUUGUAGGAAGAACAGGAUGCAAAUGUAACAAGCGCGUGUAGUUCAUGGCUCCGUGAGGUACUCGAACAAGGAAGGGUGGCGCAGAGCCUUCCUGAUAUCAGUCAUGCCGCUGCAAACGCGCCAUAUAGCUGGCAUAGACCCCUUACGUCAGGUUGCUACGCAGGCAACUUUGUUGUCAAUGCCACCCAUGGCCCAUGCUGUGAUGCUGUGGACCUGCGAUAGAAAUGCUGGAUUGCGGAAGGGAAGCUCUGGACUCUUGGCGGGCCCCGGCCCUCCACGGGGCAGCAGUGGUGGGCGCGGACAGCCCUGCACAGGUAGUCCCUUUUGUAAUCUUGCAAUCGU